UAAUUUGGGAAAGAGGAGAGUUUGUGAGAGGUAUCGAAACCACACCCCAGCUUUUCGCCUCUCUAAAACAAAUUCCAACUCCACCCGUGAACAGUUGAUAACUUGAUAUUUUAUUGGCUUAAUGGCGAGAAAGAGCCAAACUUGAGCAGCUAGGUGUUUGGCUGCCGCUACUUCUGGUCGGUCUGAAAUAAGGCUUGUUCUGCGGAGGAGGUUGAGCUCGCUGAUUACUCUGUUUAUCAGUGUGGAGGUUGCGGUGCUGUUCUUCCAGUAAUGGCGCAUAGGCUGUUAAGAGAUCUUGAAGCUGAUGGAUGGGAACGCUCCGAUUUCCCGAUUAUUUGCGAGUCUUGUCUCGGUGACAAUCCAUAUGUCCGUAUGACAAAAGCUGAAUUUGAUAAAGAAUGCAAGAUUUGCACACGGCCGUUUACAGUGUUUAGAUGGAGACCUGGUAGGGAUGCAAGGUUUAAAAAGACUGAGAUUUGUCAAACAUGUAGUAAGUUGAAACAUGUUUGUCAAGUUUGUCUUUUGGAUCUUGAUUAUGGUUUGCCUGUUCAAGUUCGAGAUACUGCUCUUCAUAUCAACUCUCACGAUUCCAUUCCGAAAAGUGAUGUUAAUCGUGAGUACUUCGCUGAGGAGCAUGACCGCAGGGCGAGAGCUGGUCUAGAUUAUGAAUCUUCAUAUGGAAAAGUGCAUGCUAGUGAUACUAUUCUGAAACUUCAAAGAACAACACCGUACUACAAAAGAAACAGAGCACAUGUUUGUAGUUUCUAUGUACGAGGUGAAUGCACACGAGGUGCUGAGUGCCCUUAUAGACAUGAGAUGCCUAUCACUGGGGAGCUAUCACAGCAGAAUAUAAAAGAUCGUUACUAUGGAGUGAAUGAUCCAGUGGCUUUGAAAUUACUUAACAAGGCUGGAGAAAUGCCUUCGCUGGAGCCACCUCAGGAUGAAGGCAUCAAGACCCUCUACGUGGGUGGCCUUGAUGCGAGGAUCACUGAGCAGGAUUUGAGGGAUAACUUCUACGCACAUGGCGAGAUUGAAUCAAUUAAAAUGGUGACUCAACGAGCAAUUGCUUUUGUAACCUACACAACCAGAGAGGGUGCAGAAAAGGCUGCAGAAGAGCUAUCUAACAAGUUGGUUAUCAAGGGUUUGAGGCUGAAGCUAAUGUGGGGCAGGCCUCAAGCCCCGAAACCUGAAUUAGAAGGUACAGAAGAAGCAAGGCAAGCUGCCUUGGCUCUCGGCGGAAUGCUGCCGCGAGCUGUUAUAUCUCAACAACAGAACCAAUUACUUCCACCUGGGACUCAGGACCAACCUCCUCCACCUAUGCACUACUUUAAUAUUCCGCCACCCCCACAGCCGGAAAGAGCUUAUUAUCCAUCGAUGGAUCCUCAAAGAAUGGGUGCACUUGUUCCGUCGCAAGAUGGACCUCCAACUGGGCCGACAGUACCGGGGGAGAAUAGAAUUGCGAUGGAGAGGCAGCAAGGUCAUUAUCCUUAUCAAGGUAUGCCAUUGCCGCCGCCUUCUGGGCAACAAUAUCAGCAGCAACAGCAGCAUUACCCUCCAUAUGGAUAUAUGCGACCGAGGCCACCUUAUCAGCAGUACCCACCAUUUCACUCUGCAGCUCCUCCACCACCAGCUGCUCAAGAUAUCCAUCAGCAUCAGCAUCCAGGGCCGCCACCGCCACCACCUAGGGCUGAUUUUGCAGCUUCUUCAAGUUCCGGACCUCCACCUUCAGUGCCCGGACCAUCAGCUUUAUCCAGUUCAUGAAACCUGGGUGUCAAUGAGAUUUUGUGUGUUUUGUUACUUGGGAUUGUAGCUGCGUUUGACAUGCACCCUAAUAUAUGAAGUUGGAUAAAUUUAUAAAAUCAAGAGGUAUAUUUCAAUAUUUUUGUCGUCAAAAUUAUGGUCCCAUGGAUAAGUAGAGUAAAUUUUGGCUGAACUAUUUAGAUGUAUAUCUUUCUUUCAAGUUGAGGAUGUUCCUGUAAUUGCUCAAUAUAGGUCAUUGUUUUACAGGUAGGGGUGUGCAUUCUAAUCGAACUGAAAUUUAUUUUAUUUUAUUUAAACUAAGAAACGUGAAGCUGGUGGUGCUUAAACCGCGGGUUGUUUCUUGUUCGUUCUUCUAAUACUAUUAACUAAUGUUGAGCAUUUUUCAUGCACCUAACACUGUUUCUUCAUUGUCAUCGUCUGUGUGUAAUGGAUUGAUAGCAGAGUGCAGAUUAGAAGAAUAUGAUAUGCUGAUGGAAUCAGAAAUAAGCAGAAGGUUUUUAGAAGAGAAGAAAUGAAUAUCGCCUGGUGCUUUAAAGAGAGAUCAACCGGUGUGUAAAAGUGGAGCUAAUGGUCAGUCUUACUGUAGCAGGUGUUUGCCUCCUAAUCCUCAUUCUCGUGGUCGUUCUAAAUAUUAUUGUUGUCGGUCUGAUUCUUGAUUGUGCUCUUAUGACUAUGCUUCAGCUUUAUCCAUAUAAAAUUUUGAAUUUUUAAUACUUAAAUCAUUAAGGUUCCAACUUUAUGAUUGUUUUGAUUUUCUA